AUGACGCCGAGGACAUGUGCGGCGUCGUCAAGUCUUCUGACGUACGGAAUCAGGACCAACUGCGGAAUACAAGGCCCCGAUGACUACCUCGUCAACAUUCACGAGGCAAGAGCAGAGAUUAUCCUGACCGGCCCCAGCGGAAGGGUCGUCUGGAUCUUUAUGACCUCUGUCUAUGACGUGGCCAGGUUUACCACGGCGGCUAUCGAGCUGGGCAUUGAUACUUCCAUGAAUCCGUUUCCGGUACCUUGUCCGUUUCCGGAUGUCAUGACCGUUUCCGGUGCCAUGGCUGUUUCCGGUGCCAUGACCUUCCAACACAAGUAUCAGCAAGAAGGUUUCAUGUGGCGAAUCCAACAAUACGUGGCCCAAGGAGUUCAGAAUGCAAGGCGAUUCCAAGACUGUCCAGGAUCUGGUCCUGGCAUGCUUCGGGAGGUGGCUGGCGAAUGUUUGGGUCGACGCCCACAACUCUUUAGUGAGGAAAUGCAUUUGCGGCUCUAUAAGGCGAGUUCCCAGAUCUGGGUGCGAACCUCGGGCGGCAAUUCGAAGAAUCAACACUGGGUACGACAGAACUACCUUCACGCCGUUGUCCCUGGUCUUCUGGGAUAUCUGAAGGACACUGGCUUCGGCGAGGCUUUGGGCGCUGGAUUGUUCGCCUUUGAGCCCGGCCUGCGCGAUGUAGGCGGGUCUGCGGCUCGGGUGUUGUUCGGCAGGUGGUGGGGGAUGAAGACCGUAGCCCCCGCAAUGUUGGUGGCAAUCGGUGUCGUGCUCAAGGUUGGCCUGGUCUGGGCUGGCGGACGGCUGCAUAGAUGGCUCAGCAUGAGCCAGCUCGGGUGCGUUGCUACCCUCAACUGGCAACCUCGGCAUGCUUGCCUGAAUCUCCUGCGCCUGUGGCGGCGCGACAAAACCCUCGUUCUGCUCCCCUGUCGUCCUGGACCAAAUGAUCGGACCACGCUGUGUUUCAACCCUGGGGCUGGAGGCAGCGCUGUGUGGACUCUAGGACCGACGGUGCGGGUCCGUGGUAGGCUUCGGCUGGUCGGAUUCUGCUACCUUGCGAUUGCCAUCGUCACGAUGACUACAAUGCUGAGAGAGGUGAGAGGGGUGGGAGCUGCCGGACCUCUGUCGUGGACCGACCCCGCAACUGGAGGCGGUGCCGCAUCGACUCUGGGGCUGAAGGCGUGGCCUGGCAUCUGCCGGUUCGAGCUCGCCGGUGCUCUCGUCAUCCGGCAGUUUAUGGGUGAGGCAUGCGAUUCAUUGCCUGGGCCGGCCGUGCUAGUGACCGAGGGCUCCAGCACGUUGUAA